AUGCUGAUUGUGACACAUUCCAAUGAAGCAAAUGUUGUCAGGAAAGAACUGAAGCCUGUAAAAUCUGACUUGACAGAGGUGAAGAAAGAACUGAAGCUUUUAAAUUCUCGCUUGGCUGAUCUUUUCAGGAGUCGCAACCUGGACACUGUCAAAGGUAAAAAAGUGCAACCGAUUUGCUCAUCGGUGAAGGAUGAUGAUGAAUUUCAGAGAGAGGUAAGGGAAAAGUCGGAGCACCCAAGUUCUCCAUUUGUUCAGCCUGUAAGAUCUUCUAGUAAACGUCGAAAGAGGGAUGAAGGGAGAAACUGGCAGCUUCAAUUCGAAAAGGCACUCCCCUCUUCUAUCUAUACUGAGGAGAAACUAACUAUUGAUGUCAAUUUAGUUGAUGCAAACACAGGCGAUAUUGUCAAAUCAGGUCCAGAGUCCUCUGUUAAGGUAGAAGCUGUGGUGCUUAAAGGUGAUUCCGAGAUAGUUAGUUAUGAUAACUGGACCUGGGAAGGAUUUGAGAAAUCUAUAGAGAAAGAACGUGAAGGGAAGGCGCCUCUACUUAGUGGAAGGUUUGUGAAUCUUAACAGAGGCACUGGGGUCCUGGAUGAUGUACGGUUCACUGACAAUUCCAGCUGGACUAGGAGCAAGACAUUUAGGCUAGGAUUACGGGUAUCACCAGAAUAUCAUGAGGUUAUUCGUGAAGCGAUAACAGAGCCAAUCCGUGUGAAGGAGAAUAGAGGACAGUCAAACAAGAAACAUGAUGAACUUGCACCUGGCGAUGAGGUCUGGAGAAUCAAAACUAUUGGGAGGAAUGGACCAUUCCACAAGAACCUGAGUAAAGAAGGAAUAUGCAAUGUGGGACAGUUUUUCCAGCUACUCAUAACGGAUUGUGAUAGAAUGAAAAUUAUUCUCGGAACGACGAUAACACAAAAGAAGUGGGAUGAACUCCGAGGACUCGCAAAAACUUUCCGUCUGAAUGGGAACCCUCACUUGUCUCUUGAUAAUGAAGAUGAUCAUAAAAAUGGCCGUCAACUCACUGACCAUACUGCAGACCGGGUGCAUUGUGCUGCUGACGAAUUUCCACUCAAGCAGGAGAACCAUGAAGAUACAAUCGGGAAAGCCUCAAGCUCUUUUCCAUCUCAAGUCUCUGAACAACAAACUGAAAAUCCCGCCCCUGCUCAACAUGAUAUGGCUCCAAGUAUCUGUGCUGCUCCAGUUGGUCUGGAUGCUCCUCGAGCGAAUGCGCCCUCCACUGCUGAAGGACAUAAUGAAUUUGCUCCUUUUGCUCCACAUCAGCCCAUAUCUGCAAACAAUCAGAAUGAUCUAAUUUCUCUAGGAGAUAAUGGCAUUAAUACUGGUGGAUUGCCAACACAGCCCCCACGAUGCCAAUUCCCUAUUUGCCAUGCCUAUCCAAAUGACCGGUUCUCGGCGCCCAAUAGAUAUAAUGGUGCAACUGCCUGCCCAUCGCUACCACGGUCCCAAAUUACCUGUGUUGGAAAUCGCAUGGAGUUUUUAGCUAAUGGAAUUGCUUGUCCCGCUGCAGUUCCGCCCACAUCUGCAAACCGCUUGGAUGGUCAAUUUUCACUGGGAGAAGAUGGUAAUCCUACUUUGGGAUCGCCAACACAGUUCCCUGUCGACAAUUCAGAGGAUGCCGCCCGUGGGGAAAUGUUCGUUCUUUGGAGGGGAAAUCCAAUAUCUGGGCAUAAUUAUACCGCCAUCGAAGAAUCCUGGCCCACUUUCGGGUACGAUCAAGAGACGGAAGAUAUCCAGCCCAACGCUGCGUAUGAUCGGAGCAAUUACUCGCACUCGGACCUACCAAAUGUUGACCCGUCCUUUCUGGGCCCGCCACCAGACGAUGAUGUUCCCUAG